UAGUUUCGCACUCGAGUUCACUCUUUAAAAUUCCGUCUCAUGAGCGUUCUCAUUAGCUUAUUAAACGUUACUUCAUCGCUGUCGAGAUGGAGUCCUCUUGUCCUGCCUUUCAGCUGGGAAGACCGCGAUACGACCAGAGUUCCUUCUUCGGCAGGUUCAGACACUUUAUUGACAUCAUUGAUCCCAGAACUCUCUUUGUAUCUGAGACUCGUUUAAAGGCAUGUGUUGCACUGUUGGAUCAUUUUAAACAUGGAACUCUCCCUCCUGGAACAACAGAUCAGGAGCUCUGGGAGGCUCAGAAGGUGAAGCAGGCAAUUAUCCACCCUGACACUGGCCAAAAGAUCUUCAUGCCUUUUCGCAUGUCAGGUUAUGUCCCAUUUGGAACGCCAAUAGUGGUCGGCCUUCUCCUCCCGAACCAGACGCUGGCAUCCACUGUGUUCUGGCAGUGGUUAAACCAGAGUCACAACGCUUGUGUGAACUACGCCAACCGCAAUGCCACGAAGCCAACGGCAACCUCCAGGUUUAUUCAAGGCUACCUGGGAGCAGUGACGAGUGCAGUGUCGAUCGCGGUGGGUCUGAAUGUGCUCAUUGAGAAAUCCAGGAAAUUUAACCCAGCUACCAGGCUCAUCAUACAGAGAUUCAUCCCUUUCCCUGCAGUGGCCAGCGCCAACAUCUGUAAUGUGGCCCUGAUGAGACACAAUGAGCUCUCGGAGGGGAUCGACGUGCUGGACAGAGAUGGGAAUGUAGUGGGCUCCUCGCGCAUCGCAGCCAAGCAUGCACUGAUGGAGACAGCUUUCACCAGAGUGGUCCUACCCCUGCCAAUCUUUGUCCUCCCUCCUGUGAUCAUGGCCUUUCUAGAGAAGCUUCCGCUGCUGCGAGCCAAUCGUAGACUGAUGCUACCCAUGCACAGUCUGGUGUGUCUAGCUGUGUUCGGCCUCUCCCUGCCCCUGGCCAUAAGUCUCUUCCCACAGAUGUCUGAGAUUGAGGCAUCUCACCUUGAGCCAGAGAUUGCCAUGGCAACGGACUGCAAGGUGCUGACCUAUAACAAGGGACUGUGAUAAAAAGUGCUGUGGAAGAGAAACAGAAAGCAAACGAGAGAAGGGGAAACAGCAGGCAAAAUGAGCAGCGCUUUAAGCAGCUACCGUUAGCGACUGCGAAGGCCACAUAAGUGGAGCAGGUGCAGUAGGUUCCGGAAAGAACGCCACUGUAGCCUCGGAGCAAUACUCACAUCCUGGGAACUACAUCAGCUUAACUCUCAAGCCAUUCAUCUUUCUGAAUUUAUGAUAUUAAUGACCAAUGAAAGUAUGUAAUUUGUGCCAGUGCUAAUGCAACAAAAAGGGAACAAGGCCUUUGCUUAAAUUUAUAACAGCAUGUAGGCCUAAAGUGGGAACGCACGAUAGUAAUAUUCUGGAUAUAUAACUUGACUAGCAUUUCAUUUUAAUGAGGAGUUGAAAAGUGUUGUACUGGUGCUCUCAGAAGACCUGGGUACUCUGAUGAAUGGAGCGAUUUGUGUCCUGCAACAACUGAAAAAAAUCUCAAUAUGAGCCAAACACCAAUUUAGCUUGAUGGCAUCAUCUAUCUAGAUCAUAAGUUGCAAGAUUCUGGUAGAAAUGUCAUUCUGAUGGCCUAUGUAACAGAGCAGACCCUGAUUAGUGGGUCAGUAUUUGGUCGUUUAUUUAUUUUAUAUUUAACUUGGAGGGAUGUCUUGUUUGCCAGCAUGAGCCGAUAUCUCCCAAAACAUAAGCUAAAAGAUUGUUGUAGGAAAGUUCCCUUCGUGCACCCAGGUCUUUAAAAAUAUAUGUGAAGUCAUACUGGUUAGAGUUCAUGCUGCAAUUUCUUCACUUUACAUAAUUCAGUCUCUCUUAUUAAUUCAAUUCUCCUUAUAUUUCUGCUCAUGUCUGUACAUUAUUCAGCAUUUUGGCUUUUUAAAACCUCAUACACUUAAAGAGAAGCACAUUUUAGAAAUUAAUGUUUCUACUAGUACUGUAUAGCAAUGUUUGUGUCAAAGAUUUAUGAGAACUGUGAUUUGUGGAUGUGGGAUUAUCCUAACAUUGUAUUUAUGUGCACUUAUGAAACAACAGAUUUAAUCAGGUAAUUUAAUAGUAGCAUAUUGAUAAAUACACUGAUUGCCUUGGGCACUAAAUAUGCUGUAACCCU